UGUGCUCACUGCUCUCUCGUGGAGUGUGUGUGUGUUUUCACCAUUCGCCCGUGCAGGGGGCCACUAUAAAGCAUGUAGUACCUGGAUCACCUCGGUGUCUCGAGAAGUAUUCCCACCGGGAUCAAACGGAAAAACGGAUUAUAUUACCCAUUGUGGAAUAGUAUUAAUGGACGCCUAACAGGGAUAUAACGGGGGACUUUAACGGCCGGAGGGGAGAGAGGGUUUCUCUUCUCGGUAAAUGAUCGGAGAGGAAGCUUCCAUUUUGAGAGAGAAUCAUGGCGAGCGACUCCCCUGCCCGGAGCCUGGAUGAGAUAGACCUGUCAGCGCUACGGGACCCUGCUGGUAUAUUUGAGCUAGUGGAGUUGGUGGGAAAUGGAACCUACGGGCAGGUCUACAAGGGUCGGCAUGUCAAAACAGGCCAGCUUGCGGCGAUCAAAGUUAUGGACGUCACUGGCGAUGAGGAAGAGGAGAUUAAAGCAGAGAUCAACAUGUUGAAGAAGUACAGCCACCAUCGGAACAUUGCUACCUACUACGGUGCCUUCGUCAAGAAGAACCCACCUGGUAUCGACGACCAGCUAUGGUUGGUGAUGGAGUUCUGUGGGGCGGGCUCGGUGACAGAUCUGAUUAAGAACACCAAGGGGAACUCUCUGAAGGAGGAGUGGACUGCCUACAUCUGCAGAGAGAUCCUCAGGGGUCUGACCCAUCUCCACCAACACAAGGUCAUCCACAGAGACAUCAAGGGUCAGAACGUCCUGCUGACAGAGAACGCAGAGGUCAAAUUGGUGGACUUCGGUGUGAGUGCUCAGUUGGACCGUACUGUGGGGAGGAGGAACACGUUUAUAGGAACGCCCUAUUGGAUGGCUCCUGAAGUCAUCGCCUGCGACGAAAACCCUGAGGCCACCUACGACUUCAAGAGUGAUCUGUGGUCUCUGGGUAUUACGGCUAUAGAGAUGGCAGAAGGAGCACCGCCACUGUGUGACAUGCACCCAAUGAGGGCUCUCUUCCUGAUCCCCAGGAACCCCGCCCCCAGACUCAAGUCCAAGAAGUGGUCUAAGAAGUUCCAGUCGUUCAUUGAGAGUUGCUUGGUGAAGAGUCAUGGUCAGAGACCCAACACAGAACAGCUGUUGAAGCACCCCUUCAUCAGAGAGCUGCCCAACGAACGACAGAUCCGCAUCCAGCUGAAGGACCACAUCGACAGAACCAAGAAGAAACGCGGAGAGAGGGAUGAGACAGAGUAUGAGUACAGUGGCAGUGAGGAAGAGGAGGAGGAACGGGACAUGGGGGAGCCAAGCUCCAUCAUCAACAUCCCUGGGGAGUCGACGUUGAGGCGGGACUUCCUGCGGCUGCAGCUAGCCAAUAAGGAGCGUUCUGAGGCUCUGAGGAGGCAGCAGUUGGAGCAACAGCAGAAUGAGGAACACAAACGCCUCCUGUUGGCAGAGCGGCAGAAACGCAUAGAGGAGCAGAAAGAACAGAGGAGGAGACUGGAGGAGCAACAGCGUAGGGAACGUGAGAUGAGGAAGCAACAGGAGAGAGAACAAAGGAGACGCUAUGAAGAGAUGGAACAACUACGGAGAGAUGAGGAGAGGAGGCACGCGGAGAGAGAACAGGAGUACAAGCGUAAGCAGAUGGAGGAGCAGCGGCAGGCGGAGCGUCUCCAGAGACAGCUGCAGCAGGAGAGAGCCUACCUGGUGUCCUUACAGCAGCAGCAGCAGGAGCCACGGCCACAAGACACCAAACAGCUGUACCACUACAAAGACACAGCCCCCAAUAACGACAAACCUGCCUGGGCCAAGGAGGUGAUGCGUCGAGCCCAGAGUAACUCCCCUCGUAUACCUCCCAAGAAGCACCACUCCUUUAACCUGCCUGGAGACGCCAGCCUAUCACACCUCCUCCUGCUCCCUGGUUACAAAACCCGCUCCCGCCCCCCCUCCUACCCUGCCCAAUCAAGUCACUCCAGGGAGAGGCUCCUCCAAACAGAAGGCAAUAAUGUGACUGUUCCGUGUAUACAUGUGUCCUGCGCCUCUGAUCCUGCCCCUGACUCCUCUUAUCCAAUCCUGCAUCAUCCCGAGGCCAGAAGGAGGAGCCCUGAGGGAAGAGUCCAGGAGUCUAGGGGGAGGAGUCCAGGUCGACUGGUGGAAGAGCGUUCCAAGCUGAACAGACAGAGUUCUCCAGCGCUGCAACAUAAAGUGUCCAACCGUAUCUCUGAUCCAUCCCUGCCCCCCCGCUCAGAGUCGUUCAGCAGCGGGGGCAUACAGCAGGCCCGAACACCCCCCAUGCACCGCCCCGUAGAACCACAGAUGGCCCACCUGGUGCAGGUGAAGUCCCAUGGUCUGUCUGGGUCCCAGUCUCUCCACGACCCUGCAGGGGUCACAGGCCUGUCCCCCUCCCCAUCCUCCGGCCGCCCCCCCAUGCCCCGCCAGAACUCUGACCCUACCUCAGACACCCCUCCUUCUAUACCUCUCCCCCGCCUCGCUCCCCCCCUCGAGAAACUGGACCGCAGCUCCUGGCUACGAACGGACCUAGACCUACCUCCUAAGGUGCCCCAGAGGACCACGUCUAUCUCUCCAGCCCUGGUCAGGAAGAACUCUCCUGGGAAUGGACCUGCGGGCCUUGCUCCUAAAGCUGGAGCACACCUGAUACGGGCCAGUAACCCAGACCUGCGGAGGACUGAUGUCCCAAUGGAAACUCCCCUGAAGAGGAAGAGCAGUGGCAGCUCCUCCAGCUCCUCUACCCCUUCCUCCAAGGGGGGCAGCAACGAAAGAGGGGCAAAUCAAGCGGAGGGUUCUGGGGCACCGGCCCAGGAGACCAAAGAAGAAAACAGAGAUGUGACGCUGACACGACCUAGCAGGCCCGCGGACCUGACAGCUCUAGCCAAGGAGCUGAGGGAGCUGCGUCAGGGGGAGGAGCCUAAUCGCCCGCCCGUCAAGGUGACGGACUACUCCUCAUCCAGUGACGAGUCACAGAGUGACGAGGAGGGAGAGGGAGGAAGUAACGACGGCUCUGUGUCUGUCAGCGACACCCCACGCAUCAUGCCGGCUGCGGGGCAGAGUAGUGGUGAGGUGUACGGUGUGAUGGGAGGACAUAAUGAUUCCUACGGCAACAGUUCCCAAGACAGCACCCUGAUGAUGAGAGAGACCUAUGGGGACAGGAGGCGGAACUCCGCUCUCGCCGACAGCAACGGUUUCCCCCGAAACGCCAAUCUGCCCGAUCUGGUGCAGCAAAGCCCCUCCCCCAUGGUCUCCCCUGGCGAUGGCUCUGGGCGCAGCCACCCCAAAUAUGGCAUGGGCGGUGGGAGUGGCUCCAAGUCCUCCUCCUUCACGCCAUUCGUUGAUCCACGAGUCUACGGAACCUCCCCCACCGAUGAUGAUGAUGAAAACUCUGCCUCUGCUCUCUUUGCAAAUGAGCUGCUGCUUCAGGAGCAGGAGCAGGCCAGACUGAACGAGGCCAGAAAGAUCAGUGUGGUCAACGUGAACCCGACCAACAUACGACCUCAUAGCGACACGCCUGAGAUACGCAAAUAUAAGAAGCGCUUCAACUCUGAGAUACUGUGUGCUGCUCUCUGGGGUGUGAACCUGCUGGUGGGGACAGAGAACGGUCUUAUGUUGCUGGACCGCAGUGGUCAGGGGAAGGUGUAUAACCUGAUCAAUCGCCGACGCUUCCAACAGAUGGACGUUCUAGAGGGCCUCAACGUCCUGGUUACCAUAUCUGGGAAGAAGAAUAAGCUGCGUGUGUACUACCUGUCCUGGCUGAGGAACAGGAUAUUACACAACGACCCCGAGGUGGAGAAGAAGCAGGGCUGGGUCACUGUAGGAGAGCUGGAGGGCUGUGUGCACUACAAAGUCGUGAAGUAUGAGAGGAUCAAGUUUCUGGUGAUCGCUCUGAAGAACUCAGUGGAGAUCUACGCCUGGGCACCCAAACCCUACCACAAGUUCAUGGCCUUCAAGUCGUUCACUGACCUACAGCACCGCCCCCAGCUGGUUGACCUGACAGUGGAGGAAGGUCAGAGGUUAAAGGUCAUCUAUGGCUCCAGCGUUGGGUUUCAUGUAAUCGAUGUCGAUUCUGGCAACCCGUAUGACAUCUACAUCCCCUCCCACAUUCAGAGUCAGGUGACGCCCCAUGCCAUCGUGGUGCUGCCGCGGACCGACGGAAUGGAGAUGCUGCUGUGUUACGAGGACGAGGGCGUCUACGUCAACACCUACGGACGCAUCACUAAAGACGUGGUGCUGCAGUGGGGAGAGAUGCCUACAUCUGUUGCCUACAUCCACUCCAACCAGAUCAUGGGCUGGGGAGAGAAGGCCAUUGAGAUCCGCUCCGUGGAGACGGGACACCUCGACGGAGUUUUCAUGCACAAGCGAGCUCAGCGACUGAAGUUCCUGUCGGAGAGGAACGACAAGGUGUUUUUCGCCUCUGUGCGUUCCGGCGGCAGCAGCCAAGUCUUCUUCAUGACCCUGAACCGGAGCUCUAUGAUGAACUGGUAACCCUGGCAACCCUUCCUUACAUCCUCCCUCCAUACUGUACAUGCCUAACCAGAGGACAGGAUGGAGGGAUGAAAAGAGAGAACUGAGACAGAUGAGUGAACACAGAGCGGCUGCGGCUCAGUGGAGACGGGAGGAAAAGAAAAACCGUCUUCCAUCCAACUCUCAUCGCCAGCCAGCCAGACGUCUGCAGUACUAACCUCCCUCCACCAGAGGAACUAGAGAGGAGCUCUCCAACAACUCUCCAGAUUACGCUCAGCCAACACUCUCUCUCUGUGGUGCGUUUAGUUUCUCUCAGGCACCGUCCAAGAUGGCCCAUAUUCCCUAUACAGUGCAAUACUUUUGGCCAGAGUAGGGAAUAGCGUGCCGUUUUGGAUGUAGCCUCAGUGUUUUGUUUUUGGGAGGUGAUGACAAGAGGUGCUGGUGUAGUCUCCCUCAUGGGGUCAGGGGUCAGUGACUGAGGGUGUUGUCAUGACCCCUGACCUGUGUGUGCGUAUAUACGCGGUGCGGCUGAGUGUAGAUUCUUGACUGCAGGAUUACUUGAAAAAAUAAAAAUAUUGAAACCAGUGGUCACAGAAAAUAUAUAUAUACUCUUGCCAUUCUUGUUCUAGUUCACCUGCGCUCCCCUCUUUCUCUGUGCUCCCCUCUUCUAUUUUACAUUCAAUCUAUUUGCCAUAUUUAUAUUCUGUGUUUCACAUCUGUAAAUUCACAUUCUAUGAUCUGAAACGGAGCUGCUUCCCUAUCAGACACUCUUACACUGAGACGGAACAACGGAGGACAGAGAAAAGGAGGAGAUAGAAAGAGAGAAUGAUGAGAGCAGUCUGAGUUUGUUUAGUUCAUCUUCCUCCUGUAGAAAUUUCAUUAAAAAAAUGUGACAUGCUUCUUCAUGUUAAAGACUGCGAGAGAGGGAGAAGUGAUGGAGAGACAGACGUUUGGGUUGGUUAAUUGUCAGGCUUCCUCCUACACCACCUCUUCUCUCAUCUCUUCCCCCCUUCCAUUAGUUGACCUGCUCCUCAACAUUUGCAUAGUGACACAUAUUCCACUUGUCGUCAUCACUUUUGACUUCUAAACUAAGGCAAUACACAGGUGUGGUCUGACUGGACAAAUGCGUGGUUGGAAAGAUUUAACUUUCCAAAAUGAGACCCACCAUGUUAUAGUCAGUUAAUACCUUAAACUGGGGGUGGGGGUGUAAAUGUACUCGAAAUAGCUUUAGAUGGCCAGGUGGAAUGACCACAUUAUGAAUCUCAACCGUUAAGUUUAAUCACAUUUAGUCUUCUAGGAUACUGUGUCUGACACUACCUGCAAAGGUAGUAGAAAGUUGAGGAGGGUGUCUGUGUUUACUGAACCAAUGAUGAUAGACUACUGAUGUGGGUUAUAUGUAAUAAAGGGUAAUAGAAAUGAGCCUACUCCAUCCACUAAUCCCAUACCUCUUCAGUCAUCAUAGAUCUGAAAUGACUGGUUAAAUAUAAGUGUGACCGACUGGUGUUUGAACCUGGGUCGGCAGCCAUCUUGCUUUCUCCUAUCUAGUCCUGUCAGAUCUUUGAACACUGCAGGGGUAUAAGUUAGAGGAAAAUGGGGUUGUUUCCAAGAAACCAUAGGGUAAAUAUGAUAAAGCAUUUGAUUAUGAUAUCUAACGGAUCAUUUAGAGAUAGACCACCAUCAUGUUCAUAAUAUAAGGCUUUCUACAGAGUAGAGAAAAUGGUUUCUACAAUAUGUUUUUAUCGUGUUUUUGUUGUUGUAUCAGACUUUGAACGUGUGCAAGAAUGAAAGUGUGCGCGUGCAUGUGUGACUUGUCUUCCCUGCUAACAGUACAGAAUUAAACUGCCACUGUUAGGUGUGUGUGUGUGUGUGUGUGUGUGUGUGUGUGUGUGUGUGUGUGUGUGUGUGUGUGUUUUCACCUCUUCUGAAUCACUGGAAUCAAUAACCCGCCCCCCAGACUGGUACUCCAGUCAACUAUGUGUUGUUGAAGCGUAACUGUCCUUGUACAGAGACAUGAUUAUGAUUACAUAGACGUCCUCCGCUGCUUUACUUCUCACUCUGUGUCUGGAUGUCUGUGUCUGACAUGUAAAGUACACGGCAGCCCUAUCUCACACUGUUGGCCACAUGGUUUCCCCCUGCCCCUUUGUCCCCCAUGUUCAGCUCCAUAACACACACACACACACAAAGAAACAAGCACCUGUGUGACAUACUAAAUAUUGGGAUGAUGUCCUGCUCUGCUGAGCGUCCAUAUGAUUUCCUUGUUUGAGAGCUAAUCUCAGUUGUGAUUUUCAUGUUCUUUUCUUGAAUUAGAACCAAUGUCAAUACUGCUGUACGUAGAUCUGGAGUCAUAGAGGGCUCUGUCUUUGGCUCCAUGGGAUUAGCUGUGUGGUCGGCUGUGUAUGGUAAACUACCCAAGGUGCUUCACCUCCAUGAUCUGUGUUUUUGUGACAAAGUGCUUGAAGUGGAAUGAAAUAGGUACCAGUACUUAUUUAAAUUCUACAGUACAGGUAAUCUCGACACCCAGAACCAAAUCUCAGCUGUGAAGGCUGUCACAAGAGACUAUAGUACAUGGGUCCAUAUUUUAGAGCCAAUAUUCUGUAAGAGGUGCCAGUACUCAAGCAGUAGCAUAUCAGAGGAGGCUGUUCUUCGUACCGAUCAGGACCGGCCCACUGGUCUGAGAGCACUUCUCUAGCGUUCUUUUCUGUCUGUCUGCAUGUGGAGGUGUGGGGAGAGAGAAGCAGGGCAGACUGCAGUAGGCCUACUUACAGCUUCUUUAGACUUUGGGCCUCCAACUUUGGCACAUCACAAAUAUGUAUGUUUUAAAUAUAAGUGAGUAGAAUUGGAUUAAACAUUGAUUAUAAGGGAACAAUGUUGGGAUGGUAUCUGUACACUGGAUCCUAGCUUCCUUAGUGUUUAGCAAUAAAGAGCACUAGCUACUGACUUCUUUAGUCUUCUGCUGUUACUUCUCUGUGUCACCAUGACAGACACAGAGGUGCAGAGGAAGGUAGGAUGUAUGGGUGAUGAGCAUGGAUACAUGUGAUUAUUGAUGGUGAUUAAUUAAUGUGACUGGAAGCAUUUUGUUUAUGAAUUUUCCAUGUAACCUAUUCACACACCUCAUGUUUCCAAAUGACAACAUGCAUUAAAAAUGUGCUGUUUUUUCUUAAAUAAAAUAAGUUAAACAUGA